AUGAAGCGAUUGACAUUGAUUACUGUUAUAGUCGGAUUGUUUCUAGUGGUUGUUUUAUUGAAUAGAUCAUGGUUUUUAAUAACGUUAUUAUUUGAGAAUUUUGAAUUGGAAAGAAUUUCUGAAUGGGCUGUUUUAUAUUCAGAUUCUUAUAAAGUAGACACAAAAAAAGAGGCAAUUCCACGGAUUAUUCAUCAAACAUGGAAAAAUGAAACAAUUCCUGAAAAGUGGGAGGAAGCUUAUGAUAGUUGCAAAAAAAAACAUCCAAAUUAUGAAUAUAUAUUUUGGACAGAUGAAAAGGCACGUGAUUUUAUUGCACAAGAAUAUUCAUGGUUUCUUGAUCAAUAUGACAAAUAUCCGUAUAAUAUUCAGCGGGUUGAUUCAUUUCGAUAUUUUGUUCUCGUUCAUUAUGGUGGUAUAUACAUUGAUCUUGAUAUUGAAUGUCUUAAACCCCUUGAUCCGCUUCUUUCAUAUGGCGCGUGGCUUCGUAUAACAGAUCCUACCGGAAUUUCUAAUGAUGUUAUGGGUUCUGUGCCAUAUCAUCCUUUUUUUGUUUUUGUAAUUAAUCAUUUAAAAUCUUCCUCUGGAAACUGGAUAUUUCCAUAUCUUACAGUUAUGGCGACUACAGGUCCUUUAUUUCUUUCUGUCAUGCUUGAAAAGUACAUGUUUUUUUUAUCAUCUGAUGCUUUUGCUUUAGAACAUGUUCGUAUUGUUACACCUGAUAUUUCAAAUAAAAUAUUUAAGAAUUUUCACGGUAGUACUUGGCAUCAAAAAGAUGCUUGGUUUUUUUUCUGGUUACAACGCUAUUGGGUUUUUUUAUUUAUUGGCAGUAUAGGUAUAACAUGUUUUUAUUCUUUUUAUCUUUUUAAAAGGAAAUUGCACCAAAAUUUUAGGUAUAAGAAGUGGAUACGUUUUUCUGAUGAAUUGCCUUUAUAA